AUGGACAAUGCUCUUUGUGGCCCGCAGGUGAAUUACCCGUUAUCCCUCAACCUAACCUAUGCUAACUUAAUGGUACAAAAGGUUCCCGGUACAAUCCAGCCCGAUGGACCGGUAAGUAAUUGGACAAAUCUAAACCCUUGUCCUCUUAACGCCUGCUGUGACAUCUGGGGACAAUGUGGUAUCACUCCCGAAUUCUGCACCUCUAGCCCUGCUGACACCGGUAACCCGGGUACUGCUCGCAGAGGAACUAAUGGGUGUAUCUCGAAUUGUGGAACCAAAAUCACCAACAAUAAUGAGCCAGUGUUGAGCCCUAGGCGUAUUGGCUACUUCGAGGCUUGGAAUAAGCAGCGAGAGUGUCUCAACAUGGACAUUUCCAAGCUAGACAACAAUGGCUACUACUCAGCCGUCCACUGGGCUUUUGCUAAUAUCACAACUGAUUGGAAAGUUGACGUUAGCGGCCAGCAAGAGCAGUUUGACGGCAUGCUUAAGUUGACUCUGAUCGACAAGGUUCUUAGCUUCGGUGGUUGGGGCUUCUCGACCAGUGGUUAUACAUAUAGCAUUCUGCGCAGUGGUGUUAAAGAUGGCAAUCGCCAAAUCUUUGCAAAGAAUGUGGUUGACUUUAUCACAAAGUAUAAUCUUGAUGGAGUUGAUUUUGAUUGGGAAUACCCCGGUGCCCAAGAUAUCCGAGGUGUUCCACCCGAUAGCCCAGAUUCUGGAGCAAAUUAUCUUGAAUUUUUGAAGUUGGUUCGGCAACAGCUUCCUUCCGGCAAGACCUUGUCGAUCGCUGCCCCUGCUUCCUACUGGUACCUAAGGAACUUCCCUAUUAAGGAAAUCUCAGAGGUUGUUGACUAUAUUGUUUAUAUGACUUAUGACCUUCACGGUCAGUGGGACUAUGACAAGCCAACUGCGGCUUCCGGAUGCCCAGCGGGCGGUUGUCUUCGCAGUCAAGUCAAUAAAACGGAGACCGCAUACGCGUUGUCCAUGAUCACCAAGGCAGGAGUUCCCGCAAAGCAGAUCAUCAUGGGUCUUCCUCUAUACGGACGUAGCUUCAAACUUGCUGAAGCCGGAUGCACUGGACCCAAUUGCCAUUUCACCGGCCCACUGUCUGGUGCGACCCUGGGCGUUUGCACUAAUACGGCCGGAUAUAUUUCCAACUAUGAGAUCUUCACUUGGCUCUCCCAGGACCAGAACAGUGAUAUCUAUGGCAAUAUCAGCAUUUCCCAAUACGAAGAUGAAGGUGAUGUCGUGAUCUUCAACGAGACAGACUGGAUCUCCUGGCUCAGCCCGGAAAGCUACGUCGCUCGACGAGAAUGGGGUGACAGCCUGAACUUCGGUGGUACUUCUGAUUGGGCAGUGGACCUGAACCAGACCUAUGCCAGUAACGGAACCGGAAGUGAGGUUGACUCGGGAUACGACGACGACUACCAACUGUGCGAUUACUCCUGGACGUACGAUAGCCUCGAAGAGCUCAGCUCUGCAGCCACGGAUAUGAGAACUGAUUGCGUCGCAUUCUACACCCUAAAAGUCCUGAUCAAGAUGCUCGAUACCGCCUACGAUAACUUCACAAAUGUCAACAAUGGAUAUGACGAGAUGUUCACUUACUACGUCGAAUACAUGAAUGAUCUGGUGCCGCAGAUUCUCUACACUAAGCUUAUGUUUGUGGGCGACGGAGGCAAUCCGGCUGGAACAGAACUCGUCGGAGCUAUGCCUGUCUUUGGAGAGGGAAUGAACUAUUUCGACUGCACCUUUCCAGACGGAAAGAACUAUCCUUGCGGAGAAUUCAGUAGCCGUACCGACUCGUACUUUGACUUUCCAGCCAAUGGGGCUGCCACGCGCUUAACCCUGACGGACUCUGAUGGCUGGAGCGCUAAGCUCACCGACGAAGGCAUUGACUCUUCUUACGUUGAAUUCGGUGAUCAUACGCGGAAGCAAUACUACACAGGUCCCAGGGGGAAUCGGGAAUACGAUUACAAUUUCAAUAACUUCCCCAUCCAGAACACGUCUAUGGUUGUUCCGAAUCCAAAAGACAUUGUUUCGCAGGUCAUUCCUAACAUCCCAAACCUGCGCAGUCAGAUGAAGGCUACUUUGCUCGAUAUCAUGUUGGGUCAAUGGAUCAACGGCUCAAUCUCUAACGCUGCGGAAGCCUAUAGCUCUCCCGUUUUCAUGUUGAUGCAAGGUGUGAAUGGAAUGGCACAAGCGAAGCAGAUUGGAGAGGAUGAGAAGAAUUUAAAAGGUCAAGAAGCUGAGUCGAAGAAGAGGAAUUUCAUCCUUACGAUUGUCAGUGUUGUUCUCAUCUUCGUUCCUAUUAUUGGCGAGGAAGCUGCUGCCGCCGCAGGACUUGCGACUCUUGCCCGCAGCUGCGCCAUUGCCGGUGAAGCUGGUAACGUAGGUCUCGCUAUUUACGAUACGGUGCAAAACCCUCAAUCGGCCUUUGUCAACAUCAUCGGAAGUCUCAUUGGGGUUGGAUCAAUCGCCAAGGUCGCGCGCGAUGGUCCAGGACUUGAUUCGGUAGCUCGGAUCCGCCAGGGUAUGAAAGCGACGGAGAUCUCGAAUUUGGGUAAGAUCUUCAAGUCCAACAGUGACACUUUGGACACAAUCAUGAAGGUUUGUCGCAUCAAAUAG